AUGACGAAAAACUCUUCAGAAAAACAAAUAAAUCGAUCGAUUAUUGAACAGAAGCUGUCUGAAAAAAAAUCAGCAAUUCGCCACAAACACCGUCGAAUACUUCGUGUAUAUCAAGCUCUAAAUCGUUCCAGAAAUUUUCUUGUUGCUCUAUGUUGUCUAUUAUUAAGUAUUUUGACCACAUAUCUAUUUAAUAAUCCUUAUGUUAGUUAUAUUUCGACGAUAUCAAUAGCUAUUGUUGAAUGGUAUACAUAUUUUACGUCAAAAACACGUUCCUAUUAUGGUUUAUGUCGAUUAUUAUUAUACAUAUUAGUAAUUAGUUUAUGGGAUAUAUUUAUAAUGAGAAUUAUUAUUCAAAGUAUUGCUAGAUUAGUGGGAUUUCAUCAUAUACCAAUAGAAAAAGUUCAAUACUUUUUUCCAUACAUAUUAAUAUUUGCCGCUUUUGCGCGAAGUGCACAUCCUAUGAGUUUACGUGAUAAAAGACGUUAUAUUAUUCAUUUAUUAUAUGAUAUACCAGCAUAUAUAUUAGUAAUAACUUUUAAAUUAUUAAAUAAUCCAUUAAAUUCCUUAUAUAGUCAAAUAACAACAUAUUGUUAUUUAGGUUGUUUACCUACUCAUGCUGAUGUAGAAACAUUAAAUAAUAUAGGAAUUAAAUAUGUUGUUAAUAUGUGUGCUGAAUAUUAUGGUCCACGUAAAACAUAUGCUAAGUAUAAUAUAAAACAAUUGCGUUUACCUACUAUAGAUUGUACACUACCAUCAUUACAGUCAAUAGAAAAAGCGAUUAAGUUUAUGAAUGAAGCUUAUAUAAAUAAUGAAAAAAUCUUUGUUCAUUGUAAAGCUGGUAUGGGAAGAAGUGCUACUAUUGUUUUAUGUCAUUUAGUUGCUAAUGAAAAAAUGUCAACGGAUGAUGCAUUUAAAUUAAUUAAAGAAAAAAGACCUGAAGUAACGGCUACUAUUAUUGAUUACGAAUGUGUAAAACAGUUUGUCGAUUCGCUGAAAAAUGAGUUAGAGAAAUAGACUUCAUUUUUUUAUUUUUAUAUUCAUUUUGUUUUUGAUGACUAAACGAUUUUUUAAAAUGCAUCAUAUUAAAUCCUUUAAUUUGUGUAAAUAUCAAAUUAAUUCACGCUUGUCUAAUAUAUCAAUUUUUUUUUUUCAAUAACUAUAUAAAUAAUAUCUCAUUUUAGUUUCUUUUUCCAAUUGAACAAUGUAUCUUAAAUAAUUUGAAAAUAUUCUUGAAUAAAGUUAUCAUUCGUUAUAAUAAAGCAGAUUUUUGAUAAAUAUUAUUACAUACAAGUUAUAAUCUUUUAACGUUCAAUCUAAGUGAUAUAGAUUUUAAACAUUCUUAAUGAAUACGUUAAGGAAAGACAUUAUUAUUCCCGUUAUAAUAUUAUUUUCUUUUUGUAUAUAUUAAAUUUGAUUUAUUUUCAUUGUUAGAAAUCGAUUAUUUGAUUGGCAUUAUGCAAUUUGAGAAAUACAAAAAAAAUAUUGUUGCCUUCUAUCACUAGAAAUAUUUUCAUGUUUUUAAUAGAUUAUGAAGAAUUAUCUAAUCGAAUAACACUCAUUGUCAUACAAUCAAUGUUUAAUAGUGAUUUAUUCCUUUCUGUCUUCAAACUUGAUACAUAUCAUCAUGUCAGUUACAUAGUUUAUUAUUAGAUUUUUUAUAUUUAUGAUUCCUUUUUUUUUUGUUUCUUUUAUGUUUUUUCUGUUUUCUCAUACCUUUCUAUGAAAUGAAAAUAAAAGUACAUUUUUUUAAUGUCUUAUAGUCUACUAGCGUAUUUAACAUGACAAAAAACUAAAAUAAGUUAUGAUACAGAAAGAAAAAGAAAUUAUAUAUAUGAUCACGUGGAAAAAAAACGUGUAAAGAAAGUAAACAUAUGACACAUUGUUAGGUAAACCAGUGCAUAUCAAUAAUAGAAGAGAAAAAAAUCUAUUAUAAGCUAUGAUAAAAUAGGAUAGAUUGCAUGUAACUCACUAUCAUCUAUUUCAACAAACUAUACUCAAUUGAUCUCAUCAAACUAAUUCAUAGAGUUUGACUAAUAAAGUAAAAAAAAUAAAAUGCUAAGUUUUCUAUUCAAAACUGAUUUUGAGACAAACUUGAAAUAAAGUUAAGUUUUAUGUUCCUAAUAUGUAGCCGUUGUUUUAGACAAAUUAUCGGGGAAAGAAAUGAUCUUUUGGACAAGAUCAAACGUACAAGUAAAAAAUUCUUGGAUAAACGAAUAAAAGAAAUUUAUUGACAUAGUAGAUAUAUAAAAAUUGGUUGUUUUCCGCAUGAAAAAACUGUCAGUAACAUUUCAUUUUGAUGCGGAUCGAUAGGGUGGGUGUGAGUAGAUUAGGUUCGAAGUUUCGGUGUGAAUAUGAAUUUUUCUUCUUUCAUAUCCACACUAAACAUGUGUAAGUAAGCAAAUAUUCCAAAAAAUAUAUAAUUGGAUAAAUUGUCUAAUUGAGUAUUAAUUUCCAUUUUUAGAAUAAUCAUGAUAAUAUUCACACUGUUAAAAUUAAUUUAGAUUAUAAAAAUAUUAAGUGAAUGAAUAUAACGACAAGAGGCUAUCUUUUAUAUUUUUACAAUCAAUAGUUUGUGAACAUGAUUGACGAGAUAAAAUUAAAUAUUAUUUAAUUAUCUGUUCAGUUCCAGAUAUAUGACAAGAAAAUAUGUAUCAAGAAAAGAUCUAUUGAUGAUGUUAAUUUGUCUAAAUGUUUGUUUACAUUUAAUUUGCUCAUAAUUAUAAAUUAAACGAUAAAUAGAGAAAGAGCAACCAAUCAUAAUCAUGUAGCAAUUUUCCUAAAACAAAAAGAACAUCAGUUCAAAUCUAUCUAUAGGGUGUCCAGUAAUUCACUAGAGUUGGAGAAAAAAAUUUGAAUAUUUUCAUGAAUCUUCAACCAAAUGAG